CGCGUGGGGAUUUGAUUGCUGCCACUUAGGGCUUUUACUGCGUAUGCAAAAAGCAGCCAUGGCGAAGAAGAGGCUGAAGUUUAAUUAUUAAUGUUCGUGACGGUGAACUCAUGUCUUCUGGAGAUAAAUGCGACUUAAGGGUCAUUCUGGAGCUGAACUAGUGAGAGUGAGGGUCCUCGGCAGAGCCAUCUUUAUAACUAACAACACUCCUCAGCAGAAAUGAUGUCCUUAACCCGAACGUUGGUCAGCCUGCGAGGGCCUCUGCAGUCAGCAUCUCGAGCUGGAUGCAAACAAAUCCAGUUAAAGGGUCAAAGAUGGCAACACACAGUUCCUCAAGCAACUGCUAGUAACUACCAGCUGCUGGAUGACUGCUUUGAGCUCAGUUAUGGUGGCGUCGUGAUGCACUUUGACUAUGUGUGGCUGAGGGACCACUGCCGCUCUGCCUCCUGCUACAACAACAAAACCAACCAGCGAAACCUGGACACUGCCAGCAUUGAACUCCAAAUCAAACCUGUAAAGACACGUAUAGAUGAGGAGAAACUUUACCUCACAUGGCCUGAUGGUCAUGUUACACGUUACAAUCUGGCCUGGCUAGCCGAAAACAGCUACGAGGGUCAGAAACAGAGUGCCGUGCAGCCACGCAUCCUGUGGAACUCCGAGAUCUACACCAAUGCCAAGGUGCCUUCAGCCUCCUGGGAGAAGUUCAUGAGCUGUGACGAGGAGCUGAAGAGGUUCCUGAAGAACUUUUUGCUGUAUGGAAUCGCAUUUGUAGAAGAUGUUCCAGCCACUCUGGAUGGUACUGAGAUAGUGACCCAAAGAGUCAGUCUGAUCAGAGAGACCAUGUACGGGCGCAUGUGGAAUUUCACCUCCGAUUUUUCUCGUGGAGACACAGCCUACACCAAGCUGGCCCUGGACCGUCACACAGACACCUCGUACUUCCAAGAGCCUUGUGGGAUCCAGGUGUUCCACUGUCUAAGGCAUGAGGGCACAGGCGGCAGAACUCUGUUGGUGGAUGGAUUUAACGCUGCUGACAAAGUGCUCCAGCAAUCACCUGAGAACUUUGAGCUUCUCUCACGCGUCCCCAUCAAACACGAGUACAUCGAGAACCAAGGCCACCACCGAAACCACAUGAUCGGCAUCGGCCCUGUUCUGAACGUCUAUCCUUGGAACAAUGAAGUCUACAUGAUCCGGUAUAAUAACUAUGACCGUGCAACGAUGAACACGGUUCCUCACAACGUGGUGCAGCGCUGGUAUGUCGCCCACAGACAGCUAACUACUGAGCUGAGGAAGCCUGAGAACGAGCUGUGGGUCAAACUUAAACCUGGCAAGGUUCUUUUCAUUGAUAACUGGAGAGUGCUGCAUGGUAGAGAGUCCUUCACUGGGCUCCGCCAGCUCUGUGGCUGUUAUCUGACCAGAGACGACGUGCUCAACACAGCCCGCUCCCUCGGCCUUCAGGCUUGAACAGCAAACAGCUAACACUAGGACACACCAAAGGAUAACGGAAAUAGCAUUAGCGUAAUCGGUACAGAUCAGUCAUAUCCUUUAUACAUGUUUUGUGCAUUUAAAUCAAAGGUUAAGAACUUUUAGAGGGUCUGUCUCUCUGGUGGCCUUAAAUGUCACGGCUACUUUGGGCCUUAAUGAAAUGUGUAUGACAGGCUUUGGUCAAAAUAGCACAAGAAAGAAGCACCACAUCAACCAUUUACAACCCUGUUUAGAACAGCGGUUUUGAGUGCCUCUAUCUUUAAAUGAUAAUAGACCACCGUUAUUCCAACCUCCCCCACCGUUUUUCCAUAUUUAUCACUCUUCUCUGCUACACGGAUUCUUAGACUUUUAAGUUUAUUUUUCUAGUUUAAGUUUUAUUUUUUCCAACAUUUACUGAAAAUUAAGCUUUUUGAAAAGGUGGACAUUUUCGAAAACCCUCUUUUCAGUGUUGUCUUGUAAAUGAAGAAAACAGAGCUUUUUAAGAACAAUUCUUGCUGAAUAUCAAAUACUGUACACUCCCUACGUAGUGAAGUAUAUAAGGAAAAUAAAACUACAUUUGUAUGUACAGAUAGUUAAAGACUUCUGAUUUUUACAUGAAUAAUUGUCAGUUUUGUUCAAUUACAAAUGUAUAAUUCUUUAUUGAAAUGACGGUACUAUAGUCCACUUCAAUACUAUAGUACCAGGGAGUAGUGUAUGAUUUAGGAUUAAACCUUUAUGUGUUCUUUUUUCAUUAUGGUCUUUUAAGAUCUAUCUUCUCUCUAUGUGGUGCUAUGCAUCCAAUUUUCAUCUUCAUGUUCUGCUUUUUGUCAUCAAUUUUUGGUAUACACUUAUAGAAAAAAUUUAGAAACCACUUCAGUUUCUGAAUCAGUUUUGCUGAUUUUGCUUUUUAUAGCUAUAUGUCUGAGUAAAAUCACCAUUGUUGUUUUAUUCUAUAAACUAAAGACAACAUUUCUCCCAAAUUCCAAAUUAAAAUAUUAUCAUUUAGAGCAUUUAUUUGCAGAAAAUGAGAAAUUACUGAAAUACCAAAAAAGACGCAGAGCUCCCAGACCUCAAAUUAUGCAAAGACAACAGAAACAUUCAUAUUCAUAAAGUUUAAGAGUUCAGAAAUCUAUAUUUGGUGGAAUAACUGUGAAAUUUAAUUACAGUUUUCAUGCAUCUUGGCAUGUUCUCCUCCACCAGUCUUACACACUGCUUUUGGAUAACUAUAUGCCACUCCUGAUGCAAAAAGUCAAGCAGUUCAGCUUGGUUUGAUGUCUUGUGAUCAUCCAUCUUCCUCUUGAUUAUAUUCCAGAGGUUUUUAAUUUGGUAAAAUAAAAAAACACAUCAUUUUUAAGUGGUCUCUUAUUUUUUUCCAGAGCUGUAUAUUUUCAGAAUAGCCAAAAGAAGUCACACCCUAUGAACUGACAGUUGCUUUUUGUUUUCUUUUGUUUUGUAUCUGUUUGUUAGUUUUUUAUCUUUUGAAACUCUACCUUCUCAAAGUAAGUGGGUGGAGCUAUUAUGGUUGGGGUGGUGUAAUUAUAAUCAGAUGGCCAGCGACGUAGCAACUGUGACAAUUUUGAAUGGCAUGUUGAAUACAUAUUUUUAUCUCCUACAUGUCCCACAAAAUGAAAAUUUUUGACUGUACAAUUUCACAGUUUGUGCGUUGGUAGGCAUUCCAGAUACCCAAUGUGUGUGCUUAAAUGUAUGUUUUUCUGUAAUAUUCCCUAAUAAGGAAUAAGGAACCUUUUUUUUUUAUUUUAUCGCCAGUCAUGUCAGACGUUAGUUGGAAUGUGUAAGGGAUGAAAAAUAAUAACACCAGGAGGUAAAAUGUGAACAAAUGUCUUAAUAAUAAUCCUAAUAUUGAAAUGGAACAAGCUUAUGAAUCAGUGUGAACAGGAAGCUGAUGAUUUGAAGUUCUUGGGGAUCAGUCAUCAUCAUCAUCAUCAGAGGAGGAGGAGGAGGAGGAGUUUAUUUCCUGUGCUGCUGAACCAGACCCUGUUCUUUAACUGAUAACAGAACAGGCAGCAGAUUUAAUGGAGAUUACUUCAAUGUGGGAGUGAUCAGCAUUCCUCCACCUUUGACCAUGUUGUGAUUUAACCUCAAGUAACUUAUUGUCAGUGGCAGCGUAUUGCUUAUAUUUCACUAAAGACUAGCUUAUAUUUCACUAAAGACUAUAGUCCAGUUGUCCAGUAUGCGGUCAGAAUAGUAUAUAAUAGAAUUUUAUAAAUAUUUGUAGCUAUUUAGAAUGCAAAACGUGGCCAAAAUAAAUCUGUUUUCUUCAGCAUUUUCUUAAUUCAUAUGUUUUCCCCUUACAGCUAUCUUAAAUAUCAUCUUAGAUAUGCUUAAGAUUGCUGGUCCAAAGUUCACAGAUAUGAAAGCGCAUAGGUUUCAGAACAAAACAACACUUAAUUGUUUAAUUAUUGUAUAAUAAAUUGAGCACUAUAAAAUACACAUCCACCAAUUGUACAAAAUGUCAAUUAGUCAAAUAAUUCUUGCUAUAAUACAAUGCGCUGACAUGGUACAGUUCAUGGUUCAGUGUCUAGUAUUGUGUCCCAUGACUUUUGUCAUGUCUAGCCAGUGUUCAGCUUCACUCAAAACUUAUGCAGGUGUGACCUUUCCCAAGCUGUUGUCUGUGGUAACACUUCAAUUUACAUUCUGUUUUCCCAUAACUUUUGUCUUGUCAGUGUAAAAAUUACAUUUCUUAACACAGGUUUAAAGAGUGCUAGCUAGCUAGGUUUCACUAUUAAAUUAAAUUAAAUACUGUUAAAUUAAAAAACGAUCAUUUGAGCGACAGUUUAAUUAAUUGCCGCUUUUUGCAGUUUGGUGAUUUUAAUAAAAAUACAAUCAGUUGUGCUGCUCUGUGAUCAGGCACUUGCUUACAGACAUUUUAAGCAGUUCUUAUUUCCAUGUUCCAUAAUGUAAAAUGGUUGUGAGGUCUGUUGUUGACACAGAAUUUGGGAUACAUAUACAGGGUGAGCAAAGGAAACUGUGAAGAGCAAAGUCAAUGUUUUUGGUAAUGUCACGAUGUGUUGUACAGAUAACAGGUACGAUCCCAAAUUGCUGAAGAAUAAUAGGCAGUUUGUACAUUUGAAGGUCUGUUUGCUGCAGGCAUUUUAUUUUUACUGUAUUUUUACUGUAGUGUAAAAAAAUGAUUGUACACACAACUAAAGCCUCAAAACCACCCCAUGCAAAUAAAUAUAUUUUACAGCUUGCA